CGUUGUUGCAUUAAAAUGUUUUGGGGAAUUAGUCCAGCACUUGAUCUACAAGAAGAAUAUCUUAAGCAUGGAGAUGGAAAUGCAUACGAACUCAACUUUUUAGUCAUCGGUGGAUGUGACGGGAGACAUCUUAUGAAAACUUUGGCGCAAGCCUACAGACAUACGAGGCGCUACAUGAAUCUCUUCGUCAUAGAUGGCUGCCCAGAACUAAUUGCGAGGCAACUUCUUCUCAUCUCCUUGGGUCUAGAGAGGACAACCAGAUGCGGUCUUUUAGAAAAGACGAGACGAUUCCUCGAAGUCUACGGGAAUAUCCUGCUAAGACCACCGACAUCGAGGUAUGUCAUCGCAAAGGCUCGCCAACUUGUAUCAAUGAUUACAAACCCAGAAUAUAUGAAUGGUCUUCUACCGUACAUUUCUGUGGAACAAAUGAAAUAUCGCGAGAAAGAUUACAUGGAAAACCUUUUGAAUUUCUGGACAACAGGUAAUACAAACCAAUUUAAUGCCUGCGAACUUUGGGAACAUCGUGUUAGGCAUAAUCUAGGACUGCGAUAUGACAACAGAGCCGGUGUAUAUGAUUGGGAUUAUCACAUGCGCAUUAAAGAAAUAGCUUCUCAAAUAUGCGUUCAAGAAUAUAAACAUUUUAGAGAGCACGGUAUUUCCUUUACAUGGCUGGAGACGGAAGUAUGUCGACCAAAUGUAUCCCUAGCUGCUGGUGUUUAUAAGUGCGGUGAUCGUUAUUUGCAUAGAGGUUAUUUAGGAGAUAUGGUAACGUCUCCAUAUAUCAGUUAUGGAUUAGAUUGCGAAGACAAGGAUAUGUUAAAAUCAUCUCACGGAGUAAAUUAUAAAAGAGCAACAGAUAUAUCUGAACGCAACGUGAUGAGAAUGCUUUAUGAAUUGGAGUAUAAACAAAAAUUUGAUGCAACAGCAAUGAAUAUAGACAUGCAACAAAAUUUAGGAAUGGUUGUGAUGAGUGAACUAGAUGCAAAGAUUUCCGAGAGUAGACCAGAAGCACCAUUACUUCUUCGGGAAGAUCGUGAUACUUACAUAGAUAUAGAUUAUGGGAAAAUACAUUUCCUUUCUCUGUCAGCGUUGGAUCACUAUCCGCACAAACCUCAAUUCCAGGGUUUAUUUCACGGUGUAUUUGUAGGUAAUAACAUUCUGCCUCGAAUAAAACCGAGCAUUUGGUCAAUGGCUCGAGACGAUGCCAUUGUUAUAAUGGAGAGUCGUAAAUAUAUGGUCGAUUUAAAAAGAGACGAUGUCAAAGCUUUUGGCGAUCAGAUCCAACAAGCAGCUAUUGCAGCACAAUGUGAAAAAAUAACUUCGUUCGAUCCACAAAAAGAUGAUUAUGCCAGAUUUUUAAUUCGAAGAACAAGUGAUAGUGUUGAUAUAUCUGUUUAAAUUGUAUUUUUUAUUCAUUUCAGUCAGUCUUCUCAGGUUAGUAAAAUAUUAGAUGAAUCUGAUGCGGAUUAAUGUUUUCAUAACUAUACAGUACGUUUUAGUAUAAAAAAAAAUAGUGAGAAAUUUAUUCAGUAGUGUACAAUAACUGACAGUAUUAAUGAUAACUGUAAACAAAUAAAACGGUUUUAUAAAAAAUUAAAAAUUAUGUAUAACUCUUGAUGUUCCGGUGUAACUAUCUGAUCUGUGCCUAUAUAUAUUCAACAGUGAAGAGCUUUGGGGAUCAUACUUAGUAUUAGAGAGUGAUAGAUAUAAUAAAACGACCCAUAAAAUUUGUGUUCAUCUAUUUUUUCAUUAAUAAUAUGUUACAUUCAUUUAGUAAAUCAUAUAGCAAAUAUAUUUACAAGGACAAAAUCAAACUGAAAAUUACGUCUUAACGUCUUUUUCGUUUAAAAUUCGUAUUUUUAUAUUACAUAAUAUCACUUAAUUAUAACAUUUCUAUAUACGUAGUUCGGUGGUGUUGGUUACUUGACGUGAAUGUUCUUAAGUUUAUUUCGAGGAAAACAUUUUUGAGCAAGACAUGUUUUCCUCAAACUGUUAGAAAUGAUGUUAUUUUUUUAAUGAUCGUAUUCAAUAAAUAGACCUAUCUAAGUAAUUUUUUAUUUCACCUUUCAUUUCUUUCAUCUUUUCUUUCUUUUCUUCAUUCUUUCAUGUUGUAACAUAAAGGUUUAAAAAACUAUUACUCAUGAUUAAAAUCUAAGAUCAGUAAAGAAAAAGUUUGAAUUAUCUAAUAAAUUAAUAACAACCCAUAUGACCACAUCAUUGUCUGGUCUUUAAGACAUCCAGUCAGCGAAUAUCUUACAGCACAACCCAGAACACCCUGACCCGAGUAACUUUAGAAUUAACUUUAGAAGAAUUAGAAGAUUUUUUGCUUAAAGUAACCGAAAUAAAAACUCUGUAUAUCAAUUGCAAUAUCUUUUCCACUAGACCGCAGAGGUUAGCGUACCGAAACCACACUCUGAUCUUAGACACGAACGAAUUGAAAUCAAAUCAAAUUAGGAUCGAUUAGAUAAAUAUUUAACAUUAUUUUGCAAAACAAGAUGUCUUGCAUUACAAGAAGGCUUGUUUGUUAUUACAAAUACAAAAAGGUCACAAGAUUACUUAUAAAGCCAAGCCGAGCCGGAAGCUAUUCACAGAGAUUCAAUAAAUUGAAAGAAAAUUUGUAUAUGAAGUAAAUUGAAAAUUUAAAAAUAUAUUUAGCUUGGCCUGAAUGCAUGUACAGGUGGAUACGAAAGGUACAAGGGUAUACUAUGGUUUCUUGAGGAUCGGCAACGUGCUCGUGACACCCGUGUUUCAGAGAUUCAUAGGCUAUGGUAACCGUUUACAGUCAGAUGAUAUAAAAAACAUGCAGUUUCAUGAACAUUAUAAUUGAGCUUGCACUUAUCUGGCUUCUACUCUUUAUAAUGAACCCUGAUAGCGCACAAACUACUAUGUUACAUUUGAAUCAAACUCAUCAAUUAAUACGUUUGAUUCGAAUACCAUUUCAAUCCUUUUGAAUUGUUUUCAAUUCAAACUGUCUUGUUAUUUUUACCAACUUUACGAUACCUUCUAUCUGGAGAAGAUCUAAUCACAUUCACUACUUUGAUUUGUUUUUAAUUCAAACUCGUGCAAUCUUUUAUGAUAUUUUUACCACCUUUAUGAUACAUUCUAUCUCGAGAAGAUCUAAUCACAUUCAUGACUUAAGAACAUUCGAGCCAAGGGGUCUAAAGCACCACCGUGAGCAAUGGCGGAGUACGGCGCCGUUCGCAAUUGACGUGUUAGGCCUAUGCGUACAAACUGAUCUCUGCUAUCGCGCACACAAAUAAAUCUAUCGAUUUAAAUACUUCUUUUAAUUUAAAAUAAAAAAGUAUUUAAACAUUUUUAACUAUGGCAGUGUUCAAUUCUACACAGAAACAGCGCUGCAGCAGUAAUUGUAUAGGUACCGAUAUGGCAUAAUGCUGCAAAUUGGCGAUGUUACCAAUUAGUAUCAUAGUCUCUAGGUAUUACGAUAAGUAGAGCCGAUUAGUAAGGCCCCUAACAUUUAGCACAUCAAGAGCAAAACUGGUGGGUAAGUUAAGAUUUCAUACAAAGAUAGGCCUGACCAAUCGACCCUGCCGAACGUAGUAAUAAUCGUUAGAUAAACAUAGAUAUUGUCAUAAACAUUUCCAGAAAUUUUCUGUCCAAAACAAAAGCGUCAUUAAUUAAGCAUAAGAAUUUGUCACCGAAAAUUUCUGAUCAUGUUAUGCGGCCGACUUAAUGCCAGCUCGACUUGCACGACGAAACUCCGCGCGAUUUCGUAAAUCUGAGCAUAGUAUGUUAUGAUUUUCGCAAUGUUAUUUUUCUACAGUGCUUAAAGAUAAUCAUUACAAGAUACGGAAUAUCUUAGUUCUUAGUAAUAGUACCCAACCUAUCUAAAUUAUCAUGGGCUUACAAUGUAUUUUGUGAUCUUGUAGACAACACGUACCACUUUACACGAAGUGGUCCAUCAUUAUCAUUGUCUUGUUUUAUAUUCCGGUUACAUAAAAAUAAAGGUAUAUACAUCGUACUAUAAAUUUCACACAUAAUGUAUUCUAAAUGCAUAGUAACUUUGAGCGUGCAAAAUAUUUAAACUUCCUAACUGACUAUUAAAUAAUAUCGUUUGUUUAAUUUUAAUAUAUAUUAUUACUUAUUUAACCGUUGAACUGUUUUCUUAUUAUUUUGAUUGAUUUUAUUAAUUUUUCUUCAUACUUUAAACUGAAUAAGAUACGGGGCAGAGAACACGAUGUCUUGUGUAUAUAUUAUGUUAUACUAUACUAAGUUUAGAAUGAAUUAGUAACUUCUUUAUACAAUUGUAGGUACAUAUGUAGCGCAACAAAUAAAACAAUUUAAUAUAUUUAACGGUUAUUACUCUGCACCGAUUUUUAUAUAAUCUAAAUAGAUAUAUACAAGUGAAAGUUUAUUUUAUGAAAAAAUAAGAAACAGAUAGAGAUAUACUUUUGUAUUUAUAAUAAUAAUAUGAAUUUAAUUUACAGUUUUUAUAUUCUGAAAAUUAUGAUUGUUUUUAUAUAUUUAUUACGGUAUUAUAAGCAAUAUUAUAUUACUACAGUUCCUCGAUUAGAUUAAAUACAGUAUCAAUUGAGAAAUAGGUAAGCGAUUGAAAUGAAUAUCAUACAUAUUUAUUGGUCAAUAGGUCCAUAUAAUCGUGAAAUUUGUCGCUUUGCGAAUUUCCGAACAAUGUCCUAUUUACAUCCUUUUCCAGAUUGAUGAUAAAUAUAUACCUUUAUUACUAACAAAUAUAACAAUUUAGAAU